GUCGAGACAAUCGAUUGAUCUCUGACACUGAUGUCGCUGUAAAUCUAACGGCAACAUUGAUCAAACACAAAUGUUAUAGGUUAUCUUCGUUGGAAAGUAUAUUUAGUCAAACAAAUUUCACAAAUAAGAUGUCGAUUUAAACAAUAAACGUUUUAUGUUCACCGAAUGAUGCCAAGUGCUACAUGGAAUUCAAAACUAAAAUUACUUGAAACAUGUGACAUCUCAGCGAGCCUCGCGUAAAUACAAUGAAAGGUUAAGGUCGUGGACGAAAACGAAAAAACUCUGUUCAAGAAAAAAGCGACAAGUGAACAUGUUUAAGAACACGUUUCAAAGUGGAUUCUUAUCAAUCUUGUAUAGCAUCGGUAGCAAGCCGCUACAAAUUUGGGACAAAAAAGUAAGGAACGGGCACAUAAAACGAAUCACGGACAAUGACAUACAGAGUUUAGUACUGGAAAUAUUAGGCAGCAAUGUCAGCACCACGUAUAUCACCUGUCCAGCAGACCCUAGGAAGACUUUAGGUAUAAAAUUACCAUUCUUAGUGAUGAUAAUCAAGAACUUAAAAAAGUAUUUUACCUUCGAAGUUCAGGUAAUCGACGACAAGAAUGUACGCCGUAGAUUUCGUGCUAGUAAUUAUCAAUCUACAACUAGAGUAAAGCCGUUUGUCUGUACAAUGCCGAUGAGACUGGAUGACGGAUGGAAUCAGAUACAAUUUAAUUUAGCCGACUUCACUAGACGCGCAUAUGGAACGAAUUAUGUGGAAACGUUAAGGGUUCAAAUUCACGCAAACUGUAGAAUAAGAAGAGUAUAUUUUUCAGAUAGAUUGUAUUCCGAAGACGAACUGCCUGCAGAAUUUAAGUUAUUCCUGCCGAUUCAGAACAAGGCAAAAUGUUAAGUUCCCAAUCAUCCCCAUAAAUGCAUCAGAUGAAAUGUUUAAGCAAAGAAUAAACCAGAAAUAUUUAUAAAGCGAUCAACUCUGUGAUUUUCAUUUGCAAUUCUCAUUUAUUUAGUACUUGUAUAUAUAUUUAUUUGUAUAUUUUAUCGGUUCUAUUUCAUACUCGAGGAUAGUCGACAAAAUUGUAAACAGGCAAAAUGCCCUUCAUUAAAUAUAUUUCAUCCUCAUCGAAGGAUAGGAGAACUUUAUUUAAUAAUUUCGACGAGAUGUACGAAAUACAUAAUAGUUUCAGUUGAAUGUAUUUUAUCUUUAAUAAAAGUUACAUGUAUUUUUCACGAAAACUUAAA